AUGCAAAAACAAGACCGUUUCGAACGCUAUACACCACAAUAUCCUUUACCUGUUGAUAUAACAAAUAUGUCUCGACAAGAUACGGUCUGUCAAUUUUGUGGUGUUUCUUAUUUAAUUCAUAAUGAAAUAAAAGCACUUGAAACAAAAUGUCAAAAACUUGAAGCUGAUUUAGCUUAUUAUGCUGGUAUAAGUUCACGUGAAAGUGCUUUAGAACAAACAUUACAAAGUGAACGAGCACGUAUGUCUGAUCUUGAAUCAAAUCUUGCGAUUAGUACUCACAAACUCAAUGAAAUGAUAAGAAAACUUCAAUUAGUACAAGAUCAAUUAGAACAAUCAAUAAAUGCUCAUCAAGAAACGAAAAAUUCGUUUUCAAAAUAUUCAUCAAAGCUACGAUUUACACGUAAUCAAAUAGAAAAUAUUCGAAAAGAAUAUUUGAUUUUACAAGAUUUCUAUUCAAAUGAUAUUCAAAAUCGGAAUAUGCAUUUACAAACUGCUGAAAAUACAUUACAAAAAGAAAUUCGAAUAAUAAUCGAUAAAUAUACAAAACAAAUUGAUAAUUAUCAAAUAGAAAUUGAACAAUAUCAACAACAACUCAACGAAAAAAAUCAAUCUUUUCGAGAUCUUCAAAUAAAAUAUCAACAAUCUCAACUUCAAUCAAAUGAAUCACAUACGAUAACUGAAAAUGAUUUAGAAGCAGCUCGAGAAGAAAUUGAAAUUCAAAAAAAUGAACUAUCAUAUUUACGUGAACAAAUAUCACAAUUUGAACAAACUAAAAUACAAUUACAAAAUGAUUUAGAACAAACAAAACAAUAUAUUCAACAAUUAGAAAAACAACUAUCUGAUAAAGAUCAAUCAAAAAAGAAUAGUGAUUUAAUUAUUGAUCAAUAUCGACAACAACUUACAAAUGAAAAAGAACUUCGAUUAAAAGCUAAUACAGAACUAGAAAAUAUUCGAUCAAAAUUUCUUCAAUUAACAGAUGACUAUGAACAAUUGAAUAUAAUGAAAAAAGAUUUUGAAACAAAUGAAUUAAAUACUCGACGAAAAAUCGAUGAAAUUAAUCGAUCACGUCAAGCUGUUCUUGAUCGUACACGUGAUGAAUAUGAAAAACUAUUAAGAAAAUAUACUGAUCUUGAUGAAGUCUAUCAUGAACUUGUUAAUUUACGAGACAAAGAUAGUUUAGAAUCAAAAACAAUACGUUCUGAACUUGAACGUUUACAUAAUGAAAAUAUUGAAUUAAAAAAACAACGAGAAACACUUAAUAUUACACAUGAUAUACAAAUGAAAAAACUUCAUGAUACUUAUUCAAUUAAAUUACGUGAAGCUGAACAAUGGCCUGAUCGUCUUCAAACUGAAUUAAGUCGUGAACGUGAACAUCAUCGAAUACAAAUUCAUGAACUUGAACAAAGUCUAAAAGAAAACUUUUUAACUGAAUUAAAUAUUGAAAAACAAAAAUAUACUGGUCUUUUACGUAAAUAUGAACAUGAUUCUGGUUAUUCAACAGAACAACUUCGUCAUGAAUUACUUUCAACAGAAAAAGUAACAAUUGAACAACGACACUAUUAUGCAAAACAAAUCGAACAACUUGAAAAAGAUAAAAUUGAUUUAAAAAAAGAAUUAGAUACAUUAAGAGAUGUUCUUAAAGAAUUACAUGAACAAAUGAAUAAUCAAGAAUCAAUGAGUAAUGACCGAGUAAAUAAUCUAAAAAUAAAAGAAGAUUUAUUAGCGAAAGAAACAAGUUUAUUUCAAGCACAAUCGACUAUCAAUGAAUUACACAAAUGUUUAGAACAAACACGAGAAGAAGUAUUUUAUUUCUUAUUCUAG